UCUAUAUAGGGUCCUGCGUCCCUGCCCACCCAGAGUCCUUCUCCGCGGACUGGCAGACCAAGACGGAGGAAUGCGACCGCCGCGCUGCCGCCCGAGCUGCACAGGUGCAGGCUCACUAUGACCAGCACGCCAGGCCCCUCCCCAAGCUGUGCAUUGGAGCCACAGUCCGCAUCCAGGACCCUGUGUCUCUCCGCUGGGAUAAGUCGGAACACCCAAGCCUCAUUGACGUAGUGCAGCUUGAUGUGACGAGUGAGGGGGCAGUGCAGGCAGCCGCUCAACACAUACAGCAGACCCAUGGCAAGGCACUGGACCUUCUCAUCAACUGCAGUGCCAUUCUCAGCCCCUCAGGACGUGGCGAGACCAGCCUGAGAGACGUUUCCAUGAAGGAGUGUACAACAAGGGGCGGUGUAUACGACGAGGGACAAGGUCGGGUCAUGCCGGCCAUCCCUAAACAUGGAGCAAGCAAGUCUCGGGCGUCAGUCAGGAGGUGGAGCACGACCCGCCACAAAUCUGGCACAGGCGUCCCUACAACUGCGCAACUGCGCAUUACCAACUUCGUGGAGGCGCAUGUGUUUCACUCUCUUCAGAAGGUGACGCAGACCGAGGAGGCGUGUGGUUCGGCACAGGUCCUGCCACUACUGGAGGGAGAACCAAACCAGCGUGUCCUAACACCCUCAACCUGCGGCAGGAAACUGGCUCUUCUUGCACUGGAAGACACAAACUGUCUGCGCCUUUCAUGGAGGGAUUGGACCCUGCCUCUCACCAGCUCUGACCUGGCAACACUCGGCGUCAUCCAGGGAGGGAGGACAGGACAGGACAGCCUUGCUUCAUCUAACCUAACCAAUACAUGUUGCUGCGUCAUCCAGGGAGGGAGGGAGGACAGGACAGACUGCCUUGCUUCAUCUAACCUAACCAAUACAUGUUGCCAAUCACUCUUGUAAUGUUAUUUAUUAUUCCUUCCAUCUAAUGUGAAUAUGCCCACAUGUGUAAUGUUGUUAUUCCUUAUGUUCUGUGAUGGACCCACAUGACUGUUAGUACUAAUAAUAAAUCAUAAUAAGAAAAUU